AUGACCAUAAUAUCCGAGGAUACUACAGAGGAUUACAACUUUGAAGAGAGCAUUCCAGUAAUCACAAAAGACCAAAAGCGUGACUAUAGCUUCCAAAUCUACAAGCUAUUGGUCAAUCUUAAUUUGUCGAGCAAUAGUUUAACGGGACAAAUUCCCGAGGAGAUAAGUCUACUAAUUGGCUUCACCAAUUUGAAUUUAUCAAGUAACCAGUUGAUGGGAGAAAUCCCAAAUCAGAUCGGUGAUUUAAAGCAUUUGGAGUCCCUGGACCUAUCGUACAAUUUGUUAUCAGGUGCCAUCCCAUCAAGCUUGCCAUCUCUUACUUCUUUGAGCCACUUGAACUUGUCAUACAACAAUUUAUCAGGUGCAAUACCAUCCGGACCACAACUACAAACUCUUGACAACCAGAUGUAUAUAUACAGCGGCAACCCUGGUCUUUGUGGUCCUCCUCUCUCCAGGAACUGUUCAGCAAAUGAUGCACAACAAAGCGGCCUUGAAGAUAUGAACCUUAUGUCAUCAGUUUACCUUGGCACGAGCAUAGGAUUCGUGGUGGGUCUUUGGAUAGUGUUCUGCACUAUGUUAAUAAAGAGAACCUGGAGGGCCGCCUAUUUCCAAUUUAUUGAUAUGAUACAUGACAAGGUUUAUGUGCAAGUGGCUGUGAGGUGGGCUCGCCUGAUGAAAAAUGCUCAAGACGAUGCACCAUGAACAAGAAGUGCCCAAUUUCACUGCGAAUGAAUUGUUCAAGACUUGCAUUUAAAUAUAUUUAUUUGGUUUUCUGUACUUUUGUACUGUAUCUGUAUUUGUAGGUUUUUCCAUAAAGAUACGGGAUGUAUCAUGAUAUGUAUUUGUAGCUUUAAGUGGAUAUUUGCUGUGUUGUAAACUUGUAAUGCAAUUUGUAUGUUUCU